AUGGACGGCGACUCGAGUGGGGGCAGCAGUGCCUCACGGAAGGGCAAUGAGCCGCCAGAUUUCCUCGACACGCAAGAGCAGGAGGCGAUGAUUGCAACGUUUGAGAAGCAACACCGCGAGUCAUUUCGUUUCUGGAAGAUCUGCAUAUCGCUGUUGCUGCUUGCGUAUGCAUCAUUCAUGGUGCAUGGGGUCAUCAACCUCGUGGUCUCUCCCUGGAGCCAGAGGAGGAAUGCAGAGCUGCGGCAAAUUCUCGACUUCGCUACUCUUGCUGCUGCUGACGUGGCAUCAAUAGCAGCCUCCGUCUUUCUCCUUGCCUCUCUCUGGCUGUAUGGCGCUACACGCCACCUCCUCUUCUCCUCCUCUGCUGCUCUCACCGUAGCACUCGCAUUCUUCUGGUGCUACACCCUUUCACAGUUGGCAACACCAUUCCGGUGGCGGCUCUUCUGGUUACCCCUCACAAAUGCAGUGUUUGUACUGCUUGCAGCGUACAUCCACCACUCAUUCAGCAGCGUGGAAAGAGAGAUUGAAAAGCUCCGCGGUCUCAAGCACGAUGAACAGCUGGCAGCGUGCAUGGAGGUCAUCAGCGCCUUUCACGGCGACCGAUGCCAUCUCGCGUCCUCGUGUCGCUCGCAGGCUGUGGUGAGCGUGCGAGUCCGAGCGUCGCAGCUCUCUCAUGCGCACCUCUUCGGCAUGUCUGAACGCCAGGCGCAGCAGCCCGGCGUGCAGCACGAGAUGGAGCCGCGGCCGUCCGUCACUCGCGAGGCGUACAAGCCGGCCGACAAGCUCAAGGUGCGCGCCUGGGUGCAACGAAGUGAGGGUAAGAUCGCGCUGAUCACGGGAGGCGAUUCUGGCAUUGGCAGGAGCGUGGCGCACCAUUUCGCGUUGGAGGGAGCUGCGGUGGCGUUCACGUACGUGUCGCCGCGGGAGGACAAGGACGCCCAGGAGACCCUUCGCUUGCUGCGAGAUGCCCAGCGCCCCGAGCACAAGCAGCCGCUCGCCAUUCCUGUCGACCUAGGGCAGCAUGAGGACUGCAAGGAGGUGGUGCGAAAGGUAUCGGAGCACUUUGGGGGGAACAUAGACGUGCUGGUGAACAACGCAGCGGAGCAGCACACCCACAAGACCCUGGAGGAGAUCUCCCCUGAGGAGUGGGACCGCACCUUCCAGACCAACAUCCAUGCCUACUUCUAUAUGACCAAGUAUGCGCUGCCUCACAUGAAGGAGGGCAGCUGCAUCAUCAACACCACCUCAGUGGCUGCAUACAGCGGCAACCCCACCCUCCUCCCCUACUCCACCACCAAGGCCGCCAUUGUUGGUCUCACUCGCUCCCUUGCCCUCAUGGUGUGGCGCCUGGUCCUGUGUGGACGCCGCUUAUCCCGGCUUCCUUUGAGGAGGAGUGCUCCACCCGAAUGGUGGGCUCUAUCAGAUGGGGUUGUCAGCAGCAUGGCUGUCGGCGCGCUGUUCAAGGAUUAUAACGGUCGGAUCAACUCGAUGGACUUCCAUCGGACGGAGGAUCUUCUCGUGACGGCGAGUGAUGACGAGUCCAUCCGGGUGUAUGACACGUCAAAUGCCACCCUGGUGAAGACGAUUCACAGCCGGAAGUACGGCGUGGAUCAGGUCGUCUUCACCCACCACCCCUCUGCUGUGCUCUACUCCUCCAAGAACGGCUGGGAUGAGUCGCUGCGUUAUCUCUCCCUCUACGACAACCGCUACCUGCGCUACUUCAAAGGCCACCGAGACAAAGUGGUCUCCCUGUGCAUGUCACCUAAGAACGACUCCUUCCUCUCCGGAGCCCUCGACCACACUGUCCGCCUUUGGGACCUCAGGACGUGCGAGUGCCAGGGCUUGAUGCGCGUGAGGGGGCGGCCAGCAGUGGCGUUUGACCAGCAGGGGCUGGUCUUUGCAGUGGCCAUGGGGGGAGGCGCGGUGAAGCUGUUUGACGCUCGCUCGUAUGAGAAGGGUCCCUUUGACACAAUGCUGGUGGGCGGAGAUGAGGACGAGGUGACAUCAAUCAAGUUCAGCAACGAUGGCAAUCAGAUCCUCGUCUGCACUCUCAACGGCCGUAUCUACCUGCUGGACGCGUUCGAAGGCCAGAAGCUACACACCCUCUGCGUGGUUCCCGAUAUUGAUGGCGCCCCGUUGGAAGCCUCUUUCAGCCCAGAUGCCAAAUACGUUGUAUCAGGUUCGGGUGAUGGCACGGUGAAGGCUUGGAGUGCCACAACUGGCGCUCAGGUGGCAACCUGGGGUAAUCAUGCCGGGGUCCCUUCAGUGGUGAAAUGGGCCCCGCGUAGACUCAUGUUUGCCACAGCAUCCAUGCUCCUUGCCCUCUGGAUACCUGACUUAUCCAAGAUUCCAAGGCCUGGGUGA